UAAUCAGCCCGCCCCCAGCUAGGCAGCCACCCUGCUUCACUUGCUCGGCAGCUUUGGCCGGCAUCGGUUACUGACAUCCGCCACGCCGCUUCUUUCUUCUCCCGUUUCUUUCCGCUUGCCCACGCAUAUGCUCCAUGGGCGCCCGCGGAUGCCUGGCUUCGUUCCAGGUGGGUGCAUUUUGUGGGUUACGCGUUGUCGCGGCGAAUGGCAGCAGCCCAGUUGCGAGCUGGAACACGUCCGCCCCUGCAAGCGGCAGCAGUCUCCACGACACUCGGACUCCGUUUGGCGUGCCGAAUGCGGAGCAGCGUGGAGCGCGCACCGGUGUCUCGUCUCGAAGGUAACAAGUAACCGCAUUGCCGCUGACACUAACUUGUUUCGUGACGUUUAUUGCUAGCCUGGAGCUCGCGACGGCGUCUUGCAUUCGCAUUCACUAGCAAACACUUCGCAUUCAUUUCCGUGAGCAUCAUGCCCCCGGGGAACAGCUGAAAAGGCCGCGGAGACUGCAAGAUGUAACUAAACCCGAGCCACCGACUGGAGGCCCAGCGCACACGCCUGGAUGACAGCACGCCGCCGCCCUCGGCACUCGUGGACCCCUACUGCUAUGGCCUGCACUAUGCGGUCUCUUUGUUUCCUCGUCAGAGAGGUUACAAUCACCGGCGCUUUAGCACGAGCCCCACUGUCACUGGUGCGGAAUGAUAGGAGGCGACAGGAAACCCGGGAAACGGGGAAACGGCGGGAUCAAAGACGGACACACACACACACACCCCGUCGCGUAGGCAUACCCAAUAUGUAUGGCAUCUAUUUAAGUCACCUCCACGACAACGCAAUCCUGUGUAGACUGCCUUGCAGAGCUGAAGUCUUCACCCAGCUCAUUACAUUUACAGCUGUGGUGACAACGAACAUCAACUUGUGUACCUGAAAAAGCAAUUGCGGUGUCCAUAGUCUUCACCGUGUGAGGGUGAUUAAGGGCGGGGCACAAUUCCUGAGGCAGCUCAAGCCCCGCCCCGAGCACAGCAACCAAAAAUGAGUAAUACAAUUGGAAGGUCAGAAAAGUCGGUGGCUUUGGAAAAGGAGGCGAAGGAGCUCUUGAAGAAGGCGAAGGGCUUGACGGUGCCAUCAAUUCUUGAGCUUCGCAUCAAGCCUGACUGGGAGGCCGCCGCACCUCUUUUGGACAAAGCUGCGCUGAUGUACAAGCAAGCGGGCAACCUGGAAAAGGCUGUGGAAGCGUACGAGCGGGCGGCCUACGCACAGGAGCGACUAGGCAGCCAGUGGCACGCGGGCAAGCACUACGAGGUGAUUGCCGAGCUGUGCCGCAAGCUGGAGCAGCCGGCGCGGGUGGGGCACUACUACAAACUGGCGGCGGACGCAUACAUGCAGUGCGGCAAGCCCACCACAGCCGGCGAGUGCCUGUGCCGUGGCGCCCGUGUGCUGGAGGACACGGACCCCGACACCGCCAUCAAGCUCUACUACGACAGCCUGGAUGUGUACGAGAGCAGCGAGAAGGACGCGUACAGUGUGGACGCCUUCCGCCACGCCGUCGCCUUCCUGCUGCGCCAGGAGCUGUGGGCGGAUGCGGUGGAGGUGCAGAUGCGGUUCGGGGCGGUCAGCGAGAAAAACAACGCGCGACACUCCCAGAACAAGGCAUACCUGGGCGCCGUGGUGACGUGGCUGUGGGCGGGCGACGCGGAGAAGGCGUGGCUGACCUUCCAGGACGCCAUGGGGGUGGAGGCCUUCGCGCACACCGAGGAGGCCUUUGCCGCGGAUGCGCUGUUCGAGGCGUACAGGAACAACGACGCGGACGCCGUCCAGGCGCUGGUCAAGUCCAAGUCCCAGUUCAAGCACAUGGACCACUGCGUGGCCAAGCUGGCUCUGCGCCUGCCCAACCCCGGCUGCCGCAUGCGCCGCAUGGCCCGCAAGCUCAACACGCUCAUGGCGCAGUCGGAGGAGGAGGACCAGGGCGAGCAGGGCGAGGAGGGCGAGGAGGGCGGCAGGCACGAGGAAGAGCUGCUGUGAGGCGGGCGGAGGCGUGUGCCGUGCACCGAGGUGCCCUGGGGCGCGCUGAGCAGGGCAUGAGCGGUGGUGGGCCCUGUUCCCACGGCGGCGCGCCGGUGUCGGGCUGUGCUGUCGCCAGGGCGGGCCGGCGGGGAGGUGGGGUCGGCUGGUCGCGGGCAGGAGAGUGCGUGUGCGUGCUUGUGUCGAGGAGCAGCUGGCAAGGGGGCUGUCCGGGACUACUGCGCGGGGGGGGGGGGGGGGCAGAGGGAUGGAAGCGGGGGGUGCCGCACGAUGUGUGGAAGUAGCGGAAGCUGUGAGGCUUGCGUGCGACGUCACGGCCACCGGCCGUGAAGCAAAUGUGGUGGAGGCGGUACGGUGUACGAAUAGAUACGGUUCGACU